AUGUCAACAUCUCCUUUGACUAGAGUGCAAAGUUCUGCUUUCGCCAAUGGUUCUGCAUUGAGAAUCAAGUAGAAACAGUCUUAAACACAAUGUUAAAGGGAUCAGAUAAGUCCUCUAAAAUCAUCAGACGAAAAUGAAUAAUCUCCUUCUAAGAUUAUUAACAUUUAUGCUGACAGUGCUCUCUACAAUAAUCUUACCACAUUCACAACAGCCAACCAAAGGGGAAUCGGUGAAGAGGACAAAACUCUCAAUACUUGCACUUACAGUCAAAUGGUUACUGAUGAAGCUGAUCGAGCUUAAUGUCAAAGGCAAAGAAUCACCCAGGAUUAAAUAAGAAAAACAAAAGAUUAAGUUAAAGACAAAUAAAAAGAAUUCUAUGAGUCCAGAUAGACUACAAUGAAGAGUGCAAUAAAAAAACAAUAGAUUGAUUCUUCUACCGCGUAAUCUUAAUAAAUUGAUUUAACAAGAAGUUCAUAAAAUUUCAGAAGAAAAUCAAUAGAUUAACCACCUUAACCAUAAAUUAAACCUAUCAAAAAUAAACUAAAUGUAUAGAAUUAAUAAUUUCAUUUAUAAUUGUAAAGUAAGAAAUAACAAUUAUUAAAUGAUAUUGCUAAGUUGGAUAAAGAAAUCGUAAUGGAACAGGAACGAAAACCUGUUUAAAUUGACUCGAAAAGAACUCAACAAAAUAGAAAUGCUAUGGGUUCAAAACCAACCUAUGAUAAACGACAAUCAACCAAGAAAAUAACAGAGUCUGAAUAAAAGAUAAAAUAAACAGUCAAUACUAAUAGGAAAAUGAAUACAUCACAGAAUUUCAAGAUCUCAUCUAGGAAUUCUCCAAAAUCAGCUCAUCCUAAACGCCCAGUGAGAUCUUAGUCUUAGGAAAUUAAGGAGUAUGUUGAUCCUUUGAAAAACUCAAGAGAAGAUUUAAAUGGAUAGUGA